AAAUUUAAAAACCAAUAAUUUUUGCAAGUGACUGACACUCAAAAGAAUUUGUCAUCAUUUGUUGUGCCACUUACAACACACACUCACAUAUUACGCCUGCGAAAACGAAGUGAAACUAAGCAGCCAAGUCAAAUCAAGUGAAACUUAAGCAAAUCAAUUACCCAUGAGAGGAAAUUGGAUCAUCAAAUUUGAGCAAGACGUCAUCACCGAAAUGAUUCUUAUAACACUGCUAUCAUCAGCGUCCUUUGCCUUUGGGGAUGUAAAAGACUACACGAGAGAGAACUACGCCCUGAUCCGGCAUGACGACGCUUUAGUGUACGAAGAGUACGGAGAUAUUCUUCAUGUAACGAAUUUGACUUACUACAGGAAUAUACUUUCAGAAGAGAAAUAUUUUUUUGAACAGGAAAAGGCCAAACAUUUUUAUACUCAGUCUGAAUUUUUGGAAAUUGACAUGCAAAUUCAAUUAGCUGAAACCCUGUUGAUUCAAUUGGAUAAUAGACGAAUAAAGAGGGGUAUUAAUGAGUUAGGAACAGCUUGGAAAUGGAUUACAGGGACUCCUGACCAUGAUGACUUCAUCUUUAUAACAAACAAAAUUAAUGACUUAAUAACAAACAACAAUAGACAAUAUGUUACAAAUUCAGAAUUGUUCAAAACAGUUGAAAGACUUAGUACUGCCGUUAGAACACUUACAGGACAUGCCUAUGAAAAAAUGGUACGCAGACACAGACUUGGAGUCGUUAUAACUGAUUUACAAAAACCCUAUUCAGACCAUUGUUUUGGGCAAGGCUUUAAUACUUAAUCCGACUAUAUUACAUUAUAGCGAAAUUUUUGACAUAUUACGACAUGAAUAUAAACAGAUACAUAUGACAGAUUUACUAGAUGCUUCGACUUUCAAAAUUGUCCAGAAUGACUUUCUUAUAAUUAUAUACAUUAAAUAUCCGCUUAUAUACGAUAAAUGUGAGUUAUACGAAAGUAGAUCAAUCGCCCAGUCUGAUGGUAAACUAGAGAUACCAAAAGAAGUUGUAAAUUGUGGAAAAAAAUAUUUUUACGUUGAAAAUUGUAAAAUAGAGUUAAGUAAUAUAUAUUGUAAAAUAAACGAUAAAGAAAAUUGUCUUAUUAAUUUGCUAAACAAAAAACACGCUCAAUGUAAGAAACUUAAAGAAAAAAAUAAACCAAUAGAUGUAAUUAAAGAAGGGGCCCUUCUUAUAUCAGGAAACCAUGUUGUAGACAAUAUAACACUUUUUGGAACAUAUCUAAUAACAUUUAAUGACUCAAUAAAAAUUGAUAAUGUAACUUUUGAAAACCCAACCAGGAAAAUAAAUGUUUACUUAGAAACCCAGAACUAUUACAAUUAUAAAAUCCUAGAAUAUAUUGAGUCUACAGAUGAUAAUUUAAAACUGGAAAACAGAAAUUUUAUAAACAAUAUACAUAACGAAUAUUCCAAGAGCCCCGUUAUAUCCAACAUUUAUAUUAUCACCAUUUUUGUUAUUAUAUGCUAUACUUUAUAUAAGUUUUUCAUAUAUGUUAAAAUCCGAAAGGAAAAAAAGCGCGUCAAGGAUCAAGAAAAAUUAUUUAUCCAAUUAAAUGAAAACAUUUCAAAUUUGAUGAUUCGGGACGACUCAUCUUAAGAAGGGAGGAGUUACCCAAUCAUUAUACUUUUACUUUACUUUGUAUUGCCAACCAUUUACAGUUACGUAGCAUGAUCUUUGUUGGUGGUCUUUAUCUAUUGUGUUGGCGAAAUAAAUAUUUGUUUAUUUAAAUUAUAAUUGAUAUUCGAGAUACCAUAACUCACAAUCCAUUUGGUUCCCAACCUAUUGCAUUUCUGAAUAUUUUGCACAUCAAGCAAAAUACGAUUUGUUUAUUUAAAUUAUAAUUGAUAUUCGAGAUACCAUAACUCACAAUCCAUUUGGUUCCCAACCUAUUGCAUUUCUAAAUAUUUUGCACAUCAAGCAAAAUACGACUUGAUUCUUGACUCGUUUCAUUUUUAUGUUUCUUCAUCUCUAGGAAUAAGUUAGUUGUAAUUUACUACUCACCAGAAACAAACGGCAGUAGCCGGAAUAAAAAUAAAAGGCCUCGGCCAAUAACAAACAAAAAAAAAAUA